AUGGCGGAAGAACUGGAGGAGGUACCUUGUACCUUUCAGGACUGCAGACUUAGCUUCAAAUCUGUCAGCGAGAUGCAACACCACAAGGCCAAUGCGGAUAGACAUUCUUACUGCAUGAAAUGUGACCUCGACUUCCCGUCUCAGCAGACCCUCCAUCUGCACAAGAUUAUGAGCGAUCGUCACUUUGCUUGCCCCGAAUGCUGUCUCGAGCUCCGCAGUGAGGCUGGUCUGGAAGUUCAUAUGAGAAAUAAUCACCACGAAGGUCGCGAGGUGGCUUGCAUGGGCUGUGGCUGGAAGUACAAGUCCGCCUCUGCAGUCAUCAAACAUAUCGAAGACAAGGAAUGCCCCGUUCUUUCCCUGCCAUACAGAGCUUGCGACGGCGCUAACUGUGACUUCCAUGGCACAACAAGCGUUCUGACCAUCGGCAGAGAUUCUCCUGGACCACAGUAUCCACCUUCUGAGACCUCCAGCGAGGACCAGGAUACCGAUGGUGGCGUUCUGCUGGAUCUCUCUACACCCCGUAUGGAAGGAAAGCGCCCUGUUCGCGAUAGCAGUGAGGCAAUCAUUUCUCGUAAUGACUGGCUCGAGCUAGGUGCUCCAAUGACUCUAGUCAAAGGAAAAGCAGCAGGCAGCACUACUGUAUCCCCUGGAGGCAUCUUCAUCGACGAUACCCACGAUGUCUCAAUGCGCCACGAUAGUCCUUUCCCGUCUCGUGGAGCUACUCACCAGUUGGGUGAGGCAGGGCCCUCUGGGUCUAAUCUAGCUACUCAAGAAGCAGCCCCUUCUGGCUAUGCUCGUCCCAUUCGAUGCCGAGCCACAGCUCAUCGCAAGAUUCAAGGCGUAGACCCUGAGAGCUUCUGGAGUGCCGAGAAAGGUCGCUACUACUGCAACUGCGGUUCAUCUUUCUUGUUCGUGACCACUUUUGAGUAUCAUCUCACAAUGGAGGAUGAAACAAUCAACGAUUGCCCUCGAUGCUUCAAACGGUUCAGAACCCUCGCCGCGCUCGUCGCCCACAUGGAGGCUCGCUACUCCAAGUGUGCUUUCCGUGUGACCACUGGCCAAAUUGAACAGGAGCUCAGUGAAGUUACUCGUGGCUUUGCCCAUAUCCCGCGAAUGAUCGGCGAUGAAAUGGAGCCAGGCGAAAUCGCUUUCGAUGCGAGUAGCCAGCCUGAGCACAAUACUCCUGGGUCUUCGGAUGAAGAAGUCGCAUCUUUGAGUGAAGGUGACGUCUCCUCAAAUCCAGAGGCCGUAUCCUCGCAAGGAGAUGACGUAUCUUCGAAUGAAGAUGAUGUCUCUUCAGGCCCAGUGGCCGUCUCUCCCAAUGAAGAUGGUGUGUCUUCGAAUCCAGAGGCUGUUUCUUCGAACGGAGAUGACUUGUCUUUAAAUGCAGACAUUGUUUCUUCCAUCGCAGGGGUCGUGUCUCCCAUUGCAGCUGUCGUGUCUUCCAACACAGGGGUUGUAUCUCCCAUCGUGGCGGCCCUUUCCUCGAGCUUGGAGUCCCUAGUGGAUGAUUUGGAUGGACUUAUCUUUCCCAACACGCACGAUGAAGAUGAAGAGGAAGAACUUUGA